UGGAACUCCACUUGAACAUAGAGUUCAAGAAUUAAUUUUCCAGAAAUCUGUGCAGUAUCCACACAAAGUUUAGCGGUCUUUAGCUAUUGACUCUGUAGACAGUUGGUGACUUCUACGCACUGUGUGCUUCAACAUGUGCUGAUCCUGCUCUGUAAUUUUAUGUGGCCUACUACUUCAUGGCUGAGUUGCUGUUGUUCCCAUUGCUUCCACUUUGUUAUAAUAACACUAACAGUUGACUGUGGAAUAUUUAGUAGCCCGGAAAUGUCACGGAUGGACUUAUUGCACAGUCUUUCACAAAUGUUUUGUAGAAGCAAUCUGCAU